GACAAUAAAGAAUAUGGAUGCCUCGCAGAUUCACCUUCUUUACUCUAUAGAUUUAAAAUAUUGGACAAAGCUCAGCCAGAAACCCAAGCUAGGAUAUUUGGGAGUGUUCCAUUUGAAGCUAAAUUAGCAGCUGACAGCCCAGAAGCUCUACCAUUAGUAAAGCAGCCAGGAUCUGAUGGCUUCAGUCUCUUAUCAAAUGCCCUAUUCCAGGUGGCUGCUGGACGUGAAUGGUUCAUUCAUACCAUCUAUACAGUCCGCUCUAGAGAAAAUGCUAACAGAGGUAUCGGAAAACGUAGUGUGGAAUACCACCACUCCAUA